AUGAAUGGGAUCCGAGUUGUUCAUCAGGAUACCCUCAGGCUGAACGAUUCCCAAGGCUUGAGCAGUAUUGUCACUUUCAUCAAAAACAAGGUAAGGCUUGCUUUUUUGGGUUAUUUGCUAAUUUUUAUGGGGCAAAAAAAGUGUUUUUGGAGAUCGGGCGACAGCUGAAAGCGCGAUUUUUUUUGAAUUGGGAAAUUUUGAAUGCGCGAAGUUUCUUUUAAGAAAUUUAAAAAUUCAUUAUUUUUUUUAAUUUUGAGCGUUUUUCUAAUCAAAGGAUGCAUAAUUCCAUAAAAAAUCGUAAACAUUUUUUCUCCAAAAAGUAUCGGAUAUCGCUGUUUUCCAAACAAUAACUGUUUAUAAUCCUUUUUUCACCUUUGGAUCCCUUGUUUUGAGAGAUCAACGGUUACGUUUUCGUCAUGCAUAGUACAGAUUCUUGGUGUUAAAUCGUAUUUUACAUCAAUUAUUUCGUAUUUAAACUUUAAUUCCUUUCGCAUUUUAGCGUCGAUUCAGUGAACAUGGCUAUAAAUGCGGGGAAGUUUAUGUUAUGCCCCCAUUUAAUGGAGAAUCUGUCGUCCUCUGUGUGCAUGGCCAAGUCCCAUUUCUCGAAAUAUAUGCCCGGAGGCUGGAUGUUGAGAAACAUGAACCUGUGAAGCUGAUGGAUCUCCUGGAUACCGACGUAAAUGUUGUUGAUUCGUGUACAUUCGAGCUCAAAAAAGUCGGACAAAAGAGAUGGCGCCUGAGGGCAGAAAAUUCGUAGGUGAUUUACAUACCAUUUAGAGUCAUUAUAAUUUUAUGGUGAUCAGAUUAACAUUUGUAUAGCUUUGCCUAACAUUUUUUUAUAUUGUCUAUGAUUUUGAUGACAAAUUAUUCAUUUUUACGAAAUUAUUUGAUAUUAAUCAUCAAAUUUGAUGACAAAAUCAAUAAAACUAUAGUCUAAUCUACCAUUAUUUUUAGUUUAAAGCGUGAUAAAUGGAUCGAAUGCAUCAGGAAUGUGCAGAAAUCUUGUGAAUCAGAGCUGGCCCUGGACGACCAAACCCAGACCAGCUCUCUGACCGAAGACUUUCGGGCUCUGUUGUCAUCAAAUACGAUGCCCAGAGAGAGGAAAGACUCUUCCGAAUCCAAUCUUUACUCGGCCGAUCCAGUCCGCGUCUCUCAGCCCUUGCCCUUCCCAAAAUCUCCACCAUUGUUGAUACCUUCCCGAUCUUUUAAUGAGGACAUGUGGAGACAGAGCCCAAGAUCUGUGACUUCCGUUCGAUCAUUGCCCGAGGGCAGCUCUCCUCGACCCAUUAGGAGUGAGUUUUCUUGCUUUUCAAUCAACUUGCAACCAUUUUUAUCAGAAAUUUUAUAUUACCCAUGCCAACUAUCGCAAAAAUGGGCGAAAUUAAUCGUUUCAGCUCAAGUUUCGAGUCGAAUUUUCUAUUUGUUAGUCUCUUGGACUAUUUCCUCCCCCAGUCGUUUAAAAACAGCCUUCGAACCCGUUUCAGAGCCAUAAAUAGCAACUCUAAAAAAGACGUAAAUUAUCUGAAUUAACGGAAAUAAAAAGAAAAUGCCCUCCGGAAAGGGGAAAUUCGCAACUUUUGGGCAGAUCCCAAUCUCCUGGAUCCGAAGAACGUUCAUUUUCCGGGAACAUCCUGACAUUCUUGGCCGUUCCUUGUCCCCAAUUCGAUUACUUUCGUAUUUAAUCUCAUCUCGGAUAUAUUUCAGCCCGAAAAACCAUUUUGGACAUGCCCAUCAAUGCCGGAGGCCUCUCCAGUACCCUCAAUUCACCUCCUCGGGCAUUCAGUUGCCCACAAUCACCGCAAUCGCCGGCUCCGAGCUUUGGGAGAUUGGACUUCGGAAAGGGGAAAAAGUUCGCGGAUAAGCCCAUCAUCCCACUGCCAAGCCUCCCGGAGAUCAAUAACGACAGUGGCGUCGAUAUGGUGGAGACGAGCAGAGAAGUAAGGGGCUACUGUAGAAUUGAAUUUGGGAACGAAGUUUUGAUUAAUUUAGACAGGAGGAUGAGGAAGUUUUUCAGGGGGGAAGUGUUCGGAGUGAGAUGCUUGGAUCUCCCUUCAAUUUUGGCUUAUGUUUUCUGCGUUGGGCACAUAUUAAAUCCUCAAAAUUAGACUCGUGCUUUGCAAAGAGCAGCUCAUAUAAUCACCAAUUUUUUGCGAGAGGCUAUGGAAAAUUGGGAGAGGCGGUCACGGAAAAAAUUCCUCAACAAAAACUUGUUGGAUUUUUUGGGGAACAAAAAGGUUUUUAGAAACACUGUGUGUCCUUAAACAAACUCAAAAUUUUUGAUUAUAGAUUUUGUUUUUAGUUCAAAUCCAACCGCAAUUCCAAUUCAUCAAGUUCAAACCGAGAUUCAAUGAAUUCCAAAAAUUCAAAUCAAGAGAACGAUCCUCACGAACUCAAGCCUGAUAUUUAUGGGUAUUACGGGUUGUUUCGCAACACUGCCUUCAAUAACAACCAGAUUUAUGACAAUUCUUUGACCGAUGUUGCGAAUGAGAACUCGAAACAAGUCAAUUUAGUACUUUCAUUCUGCACAGAAAGUCUGAAAAUGGUCAAGGCUUUUGGGAAAAUAUGGUAAGAUGACUUCUAAUGCCUACUAUAAUUUCAUAAAAUCUGUUUUUAAUAUUUUUAAUUUUUAGGAUUGUUGGUUGGGAGCCCAAACUCCAACGUCUCGUCGGCGGAAUCUUACAUUAUGGUGAUCAUUUGGCUGCCAUAAACGGGAAACCGGUCAACUCGAAUUCCGAUUUGAUGGAUCUCUUUUGCGGAUGUCCUAUGGGGAUUCCUGUAAGUUUACUCCUACUUUUUACGCUGUUUACCUUAUAAUAAAUCUAAAACUUUUCUCGAAAAGCAUUCCUUUCCCCUGAAUCACCCUUUUUUGGUGUUUUCUUCCUCUUUUCUUAAUGUUAUUGUGUUUUUCGUCUCUCCCUAAUACCAUUAUCUUCUCGAAAAAUGAUAAUCCAAUAUAUUUCUUGAUCAAAUUUUAAUUCAAAUUCAAUUUCAGGUCCGUCUUACGAUAAAUCCGACUCCAUUUGGUCAAAGUUUCGUUCUCCGAAAACCCAACAAAGGCAAAUUGCCCUUAGGCGUUGAAUUGCACAAAAAUAAAAACCGCAUCGAAUCCAUUCUUCCUGGUUCUGUUGCUUCGAUGGCCGGAUUGCCCGCUAAAAUGGGGAGCUUUCUGAUCCAAGAGGAACAAGUCCCGUCAAUUAUAACAGAAGUCGAAGAUCACCCUCUAGACCCAUCGUCAAGGGAUUCUGAAGCCCUUCAGAAGAUGGAUGCCAUCCCCCUAGGUCAAUCUUUUACCGUCAUCGUCCAUCCACGAGACUUUAUCAAGGUUUUGAAAACUGAGAGCAAAAGUAUCAAGUGA